AUGAACGUGGUGUUGUGGUGGCACACCAAGGCAAAAGAGAUGACACUGAUGCUCUGGAAAAUGUUUGGCUUGAAGAACCAGCCGGAUCCGGAGAUGGAACCUUUAAGAUCGUCGUCCAUGGCGGGUCCGCGAAACACCACAAUCGACAGGAUCACGCUCAUGCUGGCCAGCGCAAUCCCACUGGCCUUGGCCAGCUUCGAGAUGUCUCUUGUGAGCGACAGCGGGAACGAGACGCACGUGAUACAGAUCACGAUCAGCGUGUUGCGCGACAAGAGAAAGUCCACUGCGGACGACGAGGCCACCUGGCUGCUAAACAGCGAGCGCAGCACGUGCGGAAUGGUAUCACCGAUGAUCACAGCAAACCCAAUGUUGCCACCAAACCCAAAUAGUCCCUGGGCGAGCAAAAUCGCAACUUUCCCCAGAUCUCCCAAUGCAUGGCUAACAAAAGCGGUAUAA